CUGUCGCUGGUGUUAAUGGAGAAAAGGUCUCCUGCCUCUCGACACCCCCUUACGAGGAAUAGAUACGAGCUUUAUUUUUAGAUGAGGCGUUCCCUGUGAAGAAAAUUAAGAUUUGUUAUGCAAAUAGGUUGUGGCUUCACUGAGCAGACAGAUGGCUUCUGAACAAAAGCUGAUGUGACAUAUUUCUUAAUUUUUUCCCCCAAUAUUUUUAAUUGUGAUAAUCAGGCAUUUUAGACAGUUCUUGGAGAAAGUGGUGAAUUUUUGAUCAAGUGUUAUUUUGGUCCUGUAUUCACACACAGAACAAACCAGUGGUCACUUGAUGAGUAUUCUGCUGCAGCCUAAUGUGGCUCAUGGAUGGGUGAAUGGUGGGGACAGGGUAUGAUGUAGUACUAUUGACCCCAACAAUCAGAAGGUUUAAUUUCUUACUGCCAGAACAGUGGAUUUCAAUGUGUGGUCCGCAAGACUGCUGAGUGUCUGUACCCUGUUCCUAAAGACCCAACAGCAGGUAAGUGAGAAAAAAGUAAAGCUCUUGCUGAGAUUGUUUCAUAGUAGCUUGCACCUCCACUGAAACUUUUAGGGGACUACAAGAUGAAGAAAAAAAAAAAAAGAGAAAACUGCAGAAUACUAAGAAAGCCAAUUACACCUUCUCAACAAAUGUUUUUGCUCUUGAAGAAGCUGUGGAUUGAUGCAAUCUUUCUUCCAUGCUCUCUACUAUAAGGUCAGUCACCUUUUUUUUCUUCCAACCUGUUUGUUAACAUAUAAUAGGAAUCUUUCUCUCCCUCCCACUUACUGUUCGCUUAAUAAGAGUACAGAAGUGCAAGGUUCUAUUAGUCUGAAUGCAAACGUCAUUGCUUUUUAUGUGCUCUUGAUGCCAAAGGGCUUGCUUUAGAUGCUCAACGCAGUGUCAAACUGUUGACUUGUUCCUGCCCCCAAAAUAAUGUGCUUAUGAGUUCAACAGUUGAACCCAGAUACUUUCAAGUCCUAACUGUGCAGUUAUGUGUAUAUUAAAAGAGAAAAAAUGUAGUAAGAACCUUAUGGGGGUAGGACGUACAUCUAGCAAGUUGGGAGACUGAUUUAAUAUGGGCUGUCCUAUAAUUAAUGGUCACACAGCAGAAGCAUGAAUUUAAAAAUAGCACUGCACACGGAUUAUGUAAUAGGAUUUUCCGUUACAGCUACUGUGGUCUGAAUUAUGUUUAUUUCAAGAGGCAUAAAGUGACACAGUUCACAGCCCUGGAAUGCAAAACCAGUGUGAAAAGUGGUGGACGAUUAUUCAACAGCUAACUGCACAUAGAAGACUUCACAGAAAAUAAUUUCUUUAGUUUUAGAGGUAACUCUAAUAAGAAAAUUAAUCUAAGAUUAACUUAGGCCAUGAGUUUGUUUGCUUUUAGGUAAAGUGGUAAUAAACAAUUUCAAACAAUGUACAAUUAUGGUUAUCUAUCGCUAUCAAGAAAGAUUCUGAUAGAAGCAGACAUCCUCCUAUUUUCAUUCCUUUAAUCUAGUGUUUUAUUACUGGGUGUGCACUAUCAAUGCUGGCCACACUCAAAAUGAAUGCAUGGAAAUGUGUCCAGUGCUGAAAAGAAAGUUGUAAAGAGUUCCUAAAAGAUAACAGCUGUUGGUACGUUGAAUCCCAGCACUACCUGCCAAAAAGCAUGCAUAGCUGUAGCUGUACUUAACCUGCCUUACCACAGUCCAGGUCACUGUCUUAGGGCUGUAUCUUGAUGGAGCGGUUCCCUAACACUGAGAUGGCAGCCAGGUGGUAGAUGCACAUGCAAGCAGCCUCUUCCCUGUGCUCAACAAGCACAAACAUUUGAAAAGGCCACGACGUAAGAAAACCACAGCUGCACCGGUGGCAUUUGUAAUUGAUCGCAUUGCUGUACAUACAUAGCAACUGGUAGGCUUUAUGGGUUUAUACCUGGAGCUAGGAGUUUGCUUCUAUUCAAUCAACCCUAGUGGAAUCAGAUUCAUCCUUUAUUCUGUUUUUUUUUUUUGUGUGUGUGGGUAGGUGUGUCACUAGCUAUAGUAAGACAGGCUAUGAAAAGGCACCACGGAGUGUUAUGUCCUCCUAUCCAGCAUUUCUUCGCUUUUCCAUUUCAGGCCCUAAGCUCUUUUCACACUCUGUUGAGUCAAAAUUGACUGUUCCUGAUCUUCACUCACAAAUGAUCUUUUAAUAAAAAAGCGAACAAAGCCAAAGCCAACCUUUGAGCUAUUUCAACAGAUUUUUUCCCCUUGUGGUCUAACCAAAUGAUUUAUUUGCUCUCUGCAGACAUAAAUGACUAGGAGUGUGAAACUCAGCUGGGGCUCCUCCUUAUGCAGAGCUCUUACACCUGCACAGGAGAAAUACCCAUCCGUUUGAAAAUGAGGAUUAUAAAAAGCUGGGAACGUGCCUGUGUUGGGCUAAUUCUAUUUAUUCCUCCACAAAAGCCUCUGUACGUGCUGGCAGAGCAGCGUCUGGCUGUCUUGAGGCACAUUCACGGCCCUCCGAGAUGUACCCCGGGUGUUGGGGCACCAUUUCCCGAGGCGGGAGGCGAAGGAGGCCGCCAUGCUGCCGCUCGGCCUCAGUUCCUCACAGGGGGAGGGCAGGCACUGAGGGGCAGUUGGGGAUGUGGGGGUGGCUCCAUUCCAGGCUCGGGCCCCGCACGAAGCCAGGCACGGGGCAGCGCCAGGCGGUGGCCAUGGGGACGCUGCUGCUGCUGCUGCUGGGGCUGGUGGGGUGCCCCGCUGCCCAGGGGGGCGAGCCUGGGACGCUGCAGAUCACCAGCAUGUGGGUGACGGUGCCACGGCAGUUGAGCCCCCGCGCCGACACCAACCCCCUGACCGUCUCCUACUGGCUGGAGGUGGACGGGCGGCCGCGGAUCCUGCGCCUACGGCCCAGGAGGGGCUUGGUCUCCCGGCCCUUCACCUUGGUCACCUACGGCGAGGACGGGGCGCGCCGGGAGGAGCACCCCUUCGUGCAGGACGACUGCUUCUACCAGGGAGAGGUGCAGGGAAGCCCCGGCUCCCUGGUGGCCCUCGGCACCUGUGGCAGGGGCCUCCGUGGGGUGCUGUGGGUGGAAGGUGGCACCUACGAGAUCGAGCCCAUCCCCAACGAUCCGGCCUUUCGGCACUUCCUCUACCGCAUGGAGGCGUCUGACAGCCCCAUGGGCCCCACCUGUGGGCUGACCCCGGAGGAGCUGCAGUACCAAAAGGGUUUUCUGCCAUGGCUCCAGGCCCCCUUGGUGGACGACGAGUACAUGCUGAAGGAAUGGUGGACGCACAUCAGGUAUGUGAAGAUAGUGGUGGUCGUGGACAACGUGCGGUUUGUGAGGUCAGGCAGGAAUGAAUCCGAAGUCUUGAGGCAAGUCAUAGAAGUCAUCAAUAUCGGGGACUCCCUGUAUGAACAGCUUUCCGUUCAACUGUUCCUUGUGGGACUGGAGAUCUGGACCAAAAGUAAUUUUAUAAACAUCACUAACUCUGUAAGCAAGGCACUUGGAGACUUUAACAAAUGGCGAAAAUCAGACCUGUAUCCACGGAUGCGCCACGAUACCGCUCACUUAUUUGCAUAUCAGAGCUUUGGAAGUAGCCUGGGGUUGGCAUAUGUGGGGUCCAUAUGUGAUAGACAGUGGGCAGCAGCAGUUGAUUCCUUCACCAACAAGAAGUUGUCCUCGUUCAUUAUCACGUUUGUCCAUGAGCUGGGGCAUAAUCUUGGGAUGCGCCAUGACGAACCGUACUGCAAAUGCAGGCGGAAGAGAUGCAUUAUGUAUGAAACCGAAGUCGACACCGAUGCGUUCAGUGACUGCAGUUACAAAUACUACUUUGACUUGCUUGGGAGUGGUGGUACCUGCCUGCGUCAGCCACCGGCACCUGGCAGCUACUACACCUUGAAGCGUGAAUACUGUGGGAAUAAGAUAGUAGAAAGCGGAGAGCAAUGUGACUGUGGUUCACGGUCAAGCUGCAGAAAGGAUCCUUGCUGUCACCCCAACUGUACAUUAACUGCAGGUUCAGUUUGUGCUUCUGGAAAAUGUUGCAAGGGCUGUCAGGUCAGUCCAGCAGGAACACUGUGCAGAGCAAGUACCAGCAUCUGUGACCUGCCAGAGUACUGCAACGGGACUUCCCCGUGGUGCCAGCCAGACUUGUACAUGCAAGAUGGAACCCCUUGCAAAGAUGGUUCCUAUUGCUAUCGAGGAAAAUGUACUUCCCACGAUGAACAAUGCAAGCGUCUCUUUGGCAAACAAGCUAGGGUUGCUCCUUUAGAUUGUUUCAGAGUGAAUACUGAAGGUGACCGUUUCGGAAAUUGUGGUAUUCGUGACAAUAUUCAGUUUAUACAAUGCAGCAUUGAGAAUAUGUUAUGUGGUAGGAUACAGUGUGAAAACAUACACAGGUUGCCUUUUUUGCAAAACCACAUAACAGUAGUCCAAACCCCUGAGGAAGGUAAAAAGUGUUGGGGCCUUGACUACCACGUAGGGAUGGCUACAGCUGACCUAGGGGCUGUGGAAGAUGGCACGCCAUGUGGUAGUGACAUGCUUUGUAUCAAAAGGACAUGUACCAAUAUGUCCGUGCUGAACUAUGACUGCAAUGUAACAAAGUGCCAUAACAGAGGAGUGUGUAACAAUCGUAAGAACUGUCACUGCAGGUAUGGAUGGGCUCCUCCAGAUUGUGAGUGGGAAGGAUUUGGAGGUAGCAUUGACAGUGGACCUGCUCCACCCGAGGAGGUUUUUCAGAGAGCAAAAAUAGGAGUAGCAGUAUUUAGCUUUCUUUUUCUCUUUGUCCUUGGAGUUGCCCUUACCAUAUAUUUUAAACAGGAAGUAGGGGAAUGGCUUAGGAGGGAAAAAGGUUGGUGCCGUGGAAGAAGAUAGUAGUUCUUCCAAAGCUGUAGCUGUGGAUGCUCCUGGGAAAAUCUCCAAUUACCCUUGAGCAGAGCCAGCUGAUAACUCAUCAAAGUAAUUCAACACGUUCUGAAUAGUUAUAAUCUAAUAUAAUUUUAUUAAAUACA